UUGAACGCAUCGGAAGGAGGGAUUUAAUCGCGUGUCUCGCAGAACUCAGCAUGAAAACUUCCAAGUCACCGAAAGUAAUUCGCGAAGCUCAAGCGGACGAUUUGGACGAAUACGAAGGAGUCGCGACAACAGCCACGCUGAAAGAGAAAGAUAGUAAUACAGAACCUCAACUCUCGGAGCAGAUGAUUCAGAAGAUCAGUGGACGUACUACUAUCAAACUGUCGUUGCACAGCGCAGGCAUCGUUCUCGCUUCAAUCAUAGUCGUAUCUUGUUUAUGUACUUUACUUAUAAGGAACAGACUGAUGAAACUAUUCGAUAGAAUACGAGGGAAGAAGAAAAAAGGUAAAUUUAUCGCAAUCGGAGAUGACAUAGAGGAUGUGUCUAGAAGUUACUUCAUUCGAAAGCCACGAAUAAAAAGGAAACGACCUCCGUCGUACGAAUUGGUGCACACAGCCACGCAAAACUCCGCGCCACCUCCAUCUGUACCACAGGAACCGGAAGAACCAGAGCCGAUGGCUUGUUACAGAUGUUACAAGAAGAAACGGAAGAAAAGCACCAAAAGACCGAAGAGAUGAAACAUGUAAUUAAAUGUAUCAUUUAAGAUAAACAUGAAAAGACUGCUGCAUGGGUUGUAUAAAGCUCUCAUUAAACGUUCACGCGUGUAAUUUCUCUUUGCAACGAUCGUACACUGGCUCACGAACGCUUACCAUAACAAGUUUUCAUCAACACGCAAUUUGUUGAAAUUUUAAUCGUAAUUAUAAUAUUGGUCAAAUUUGAAACUAAUUUAUACACAUAGUACGAUCUCGAGAACCAGUGGACGGAUUUUCAUGCGAUUUUCACCAUUCUUAAAAAGCAUUUCUCGUGUAAGAUUUAGGUUCGUAAAACGUUACCCUAUGACAAAAGGAAACAGGAGUCGAAAAUAUUUAUAAACCAGAGACAAUUUACUGCCAUUCGCAACGCAACGGUGACCUUCUACGCUAGAAUUGUAUUUUGUUUAGAAUCGUUGCCACUAUACAUAUAACGAAGUCAUGCGAUCCCCCCUCUCCAAGCAGCGUCUUUUUCUUUUUAGCGUAUGGCAUGUCAGAAACUGCUUCGCGACGAUAUUGUUUCACGGACUAUGAAAUGUUUACCGAGCCAAUAGAAAUUCACAAAAUCGUCGUCCAUAUUAUUAAAAACGAUUAUAUUAAGGUUCAGGACAAAGACCGGUCAUAUGAGCUGGUUAGAAAAUAUAUGUAGAGACGACAAGAUAUUUAUUGCAAACAUACACUUAGUAACUUAGCAUACAACAAGAAUAAUUUAAUAAUUAAUAAAAUAUACGAUUAAUGCUAAAGAUGGUCUCAUUGAAUACUGUAGUUUACUAUUAUAAUUAAUAAUUGACCUUUUAAAUACUUCUACGGUCUUUGCGAAAUGUAUACUUGCAACAAAUAUUUUGUAACUUCUAUAUCUAUACAUUUUCAGGUACAUUCCAAAUUUCACAAUUUUUUUGUACAACUCGUAUAAUAUGUCCAUGAAAAGUUUCUUUAAAUAUCCAGAUACUUCGACGAGUCAUUGUGUGUCUAUUUCGUAAAAUAUAUUUUGCCAUUCGA